AUCGGAUCUAUUAUUUCCGGUCACAUUCCGCUGUUCUCGGUUCGGAUCCCGUCAGCUGUGAGGCUGAAGAUGGCGGAGCGCAUGGCUGCACGUUUGUCCGCUCAGGAGGAGCAGAUCGAGGCGUUGAGUCGUGAGAUCCUCCGCCUGCGGGACGGACUGACCGGCGGGUUCGACUUCAGCACCCUGGCCAGCGGCCCGAGCCUGGACGCGCUGCGCGCCGAGAACGAGAAGCUCCAGUACCGGCUGCUGCACCUCAGCCGGAGCCUCCGAGCCGAGCAGGAGCUGGAGGAGCACAGCCACAACCAGAACCAGAGGAUGAGCGAACCAGAUCAGAACCAGAACCAGAAGCAGAGGACGAGCGAACCAGAUCAGAACCAGAACCAGAGGACAAACACACAGAAGAGCCAGAGCAAGCCUGAAGAACCAAAGGAGAAGAGCCGUCCAAAGCAGAAUGCUGCUCCGUCUCGAUCCAGUGCAUCAGAUGUUCAAGAGAAAAACAAGAAGGAGAAAGUGAAGGCAGAGCUGAACCCGUGGCCUGCAUUCGUCUCUGGUCGUUUGCAGCUUUAUGAGCGGCUGAAGAAGGAGAGCGAUGCUCUUCUGGUGGAGCGGGCGGCCGGCGGUCACUCCAUCAGCGUCCAGCUGCCUGACGGACAGACGCUGAAGGCCACAGCCUGGGUCAGCAGCCCGUAUCAGCUGGCCUGUGCCAUCAGUCAGGCUCUGGCGGACAGUUGUGUGAUCGCGCGUGUGAACGGAGAGCUGUGGGAUCUGGACCGGCCGCUGGAGACCGACUGCAGUCUGGAGCUGCUGCGCUUCGCCCACGAGGACGCGCAGGCCGUUUACUGGCACUCCAGCGCUCACAUCCUCGGCGAGGCCAUGGAGCAGUUCUACGGCGGAUGCCUGUGCUACGGGCCGCCCAUCGAGAACGGCUUCUACUACGACAUGUUCCUGGACGGACAGAAAGGAGUGUCCAGCACAGAGUUUGGAGAUCUGGAGAACAUCUGCAGGAGCAUCAUGAAGGACAAGCAACCCUUUGAGAGACUGGAGAUCAGUAAGGAGACGCUGCUUGAGAUGUUUAAGUACAACAAGUUCAAGUGUCGGAUCCUGAAUGAGAAGGUUUCCACUCCCACCACCACCGUCUACAGAUGCGGCCCGUUGAUCGAUCUGUGCCGCGGGCCGCAUGUACGACACACCGGCAAAAUCAAAGCGCUCAAGAUCUAUAAGAAUUCAUCCACGUACUGGGAAGGCCGUUCGGACAUGGAGACGCUCCAGCGAAUCUACGGGAUUUCUUUUCCUGACGGCAAAAUGCUGAAAGAAUGGGAACGUUUCCAGGAAGAGGCUAAAAACAGAGACCAUCGCAAGAUCGGGAAGGAUCAAGAACUUUUCUUCUUCCACGAUCUGAGUCCAGGAAGCUGCUUCUUUCUGCCGCGAGGAGCUUAUAUCUACAACACAUUGACGGAGUUCAUCAGGGAGGAAUACAGCAGACGUGGCUUUCAGGAGGUGGCGUCUCCAAACAUCUAUAACAGCAAACUGUGGGAGACGUCGGGUCACUGGCAGCAUUACAGUGAAAACAUGUUCUCCUUCCCCGUUGAGCAGGAUGUUUUCGCUCUGAAGCCCAUGAACUGCCCCGGACACUGUCUGAUGUUCGGUCAUCGGCCGCGCUCCUGGCGUGAGCUUCCUCUCAGAUUGGCUGAUUUCGGCGUGUUGCAUCGUAACGAGCUCUCAGGGACGCUGACGGGCCUCACGAGAGUCCGGCGCUUCCAGCAGGACGACGCUCAUAUUUUCUGCACUAUGGAUCAGAUCGAGUCGGAGAUGAAGGGCUGUCUGGAUGUCUUGCGCUGCGUCUACGAUGUCUUCGGCUUCUCCUUCCAGCUGCAUCUCUCCACGCGUCCGGAGAAGUUUCUGGGCGAUAUUGCUGUGUGGAAUCAAGCCGAGAAGCAACUGGAGAACAGCCUGAAUGAGUUCGGAGAGCCGUGGAAGCUCAAUCCAGGAGACGGGGCUUUUUAUGGACCAAAGUCUGCUGCAAUUGGCCAACCUCUUUGCAUAUGUAAUGAGAUCUGUGUGUGUAUGUGUGUGUGUGUGUGUUUGGUCAGGCCGCUGUGGUUGUCUCCACGUCAGGUGAUGCUGGUGCCUGUGAACCCGUCUCUUGAAGAGUACGCCAAACAGGUCUGUGAGCGGUUUGUUGAAGCUGGUUUUAUGGCCGAUGCUGAUUUGGACUCUGGUUGUCUUCUGAACAAGAAGAUCCGCAGCGCGCAGCUGGCGCAGUACAACUUCAUCCUGGUGGUGGGCGAGAAGGAGCGUGCCGCUAACAGUGUGAACGUGAGAACCAGAGACAACAAGGUGCACGGAGAGCAGAGCGUGGAGGAGGUGAUGCAGAGACUGACGCUCCUCAGACUGUCCCGCUGCCGCUGCGCCGAGGAGGACUUCUGAGAGGAACGGCUGGAGACGGGACGGAUGAAGGGAAAAGAGGAUGCUCUGUGAAUGGAGGGUUGUGUUGUGUUAGUUGGCUGUUAAAUGAUGGUUUGGUGUCGGAGUUCUGAAGGUUUGCAAUAAAGGCUCGAAGAAUCACCA